AUGAGCUCCGACGACGCCUCGCCACAGGCAGGCCAAUACAGCAAUUAUGAGAAUUCCACAAACGAACCUCGGAGCCUUCCUGGCCACAACCCCGCGCUCGCGCGAUACAACACGCUGCAACUCCGACAGGAGACAGUCGUAAGGCCAGACCUUUUCACAAUGUAUUUCGGGUUCCUCGGAACAGCAAAUUGGAGACGCAAAGUUUCCUUCGCAAUUACGGAUCGAGUGGAGAACCACUACGUAUUGACGGCACGAUCACCCACCCAGUCCGAGCUGGACGCCAUUGUCGAGCAUGGAACACGAUCGCUAUACCACAACAGGAUCGGUUUGCCUGUCGGAGCUAUUAUCGGAGGCUCAUGGGCUUACUACCGACUACGAACGUCGCCACACUUCCCGCGCGCAAACCCUACACCACACGCCAUCCUCGAAGCGAUGCGUAUGUCAAGUUCCGGGCUCACCUUGAAAUCAUUCGCCGCAUCGACAGGCUUCAGACUGCUCUUUUUCACAUGUUUCUUUGGCACAAUAAGUAAUAUCUAUGCUGUCUGGAAUGAUGCCAAAAACAUGUUGACGGACCCACGACUCAAGUGGUUCGUAGAGGAGAUGCGUAACCAGAAGCCUGAGGAUGUGCGUAAGCGCAAGCUCCAGGCGGCAUCUGAGCGAGUCCGCUCCAUGCGCACUGGCGAACCAACCAUCGGCGUUCAACUCAAGCAGGCGAUUACCUCGCCUGACGGACAUGCCGGUGGCUACGACCAGGACGCCAACGGAUACUCCACCCCACCAAACUCAUACUCGGAAUACGAAACCUCCAACUCCACCCAAUCCAGCUCCAACCCUCCUUCCAGCCAGUCAACUACGCCUACUUCAUCUGGUCCGGUUUGGGCUCGCGGUAGGGGCAAUCAGCAAGUGAGCGAACAAUCAUCUGGAGCUAGUUUCUUCGACGACGACGAUGCGAGCCCCACAGCUGCUGAAUACCGGAACACAAACAUUGAUGGAUCGUCAAGGGGCAGUGCUUGGGAUCGCCUUAGACGCCAGAACGCUGCAGCAAGCUCACAAUCUCAAGAGUCUGCCGCGCCUCAGUCGUCGCCCAAUCCUUAUUCCUACGAAAGCAAUUACGCGGAACAAGACCGCUAUAGAGCCGAAUCAAAGAGCGAGAAGGACAAAGCACAGGCUGAAUUCGAUAAAAUGAUUGAUGCCGAGCGAAACGCUGGCAGUGACAGGUCUCCUCGGAACCGCGGUUGGGGAUCUUGA